AGAACGCUACGUCCUGUGACGUAUGACUCAACCAGGAAGUAGCUGGAGAGCAGCCGGUGAAAAUGGUAACGUUCACUCUAACGUUCAUACGCCAUGGGGAGACGCAGUACAACAGAGACAAGCUCCUGCAAGGUCAGGGAGUGGACACGCCUCUGUCAGAAACAGGUGUGCAGCAGUCCAAAGCUGUGGGACGAUACCUUACAGACAUCAAGUUCUGCAAAGUCUUUGUUAGUAACCUGCAGCGAGCUGUGCAGACAGCGGAAAUAAUUCUGAGGAACAACACUCACUGUUCUGGUAUGGAGAUGAUUUUGGAGCCCUUACUCAGAGAACGGGGUUUUGGCGUGGCUGAAGGCCGUCACAAAGAGUAUCUGAGGAACAUGGCGAAAGCAGCUGGUCAGUCCUGUCGUGAUUUCACGCCGCCAGGAGGAGAAACUUUAGACCAGGUGAAGCAGAGGUUCAAAAAUUUCCUCCAAGUUCUUUUUAAACAAAUGCUGGACGAACAGGAAAUGACCGGAGACGUCGCCUCCUCCAGCGACGGCCACCAGGGGGCCUCGGCCCACGUCCUGGUGGUGAGCCACGGCGCGUACAUCCGGGUGGCCGUCAGGCACCUGCUGGAGGACUUAAGGUGCGUCCUGCCUGCAGGCGUGAAGAUGUCGCAGCUGCUUUCGCCGUGUCCCAACACGGGCGUCAGCCGCUUCGUUGUCACUCUGAGCCAGAGCGAGUCGGGUCCGCUGCUCUCUGCCGCCCGCUGCCUCUUCACCAACAGGAAGGAGCAUCUGGAAAACCUGCCGCCUCCUGAGUAGCAGAGAAGAAACGGAGAAGAUUGGGGCUUCCAUAAACAACAUCAAACUGUGUUUUCUCGAUAAUCGGCGUGUUUUACUGAUUACCAAUGAUGAGAAUCAUUUUAAAAGUUGCAUCUGUAGGGAAAAGCUCUCACUACAUUUAUAAACUUUUAUAAUUUAAUACCAAAGUUGAAUCUUUUUAUUUUGUCUUUGAGUACACAUGUUUCUAAUUCUACAUGUGCAACAAACUAUGAAGACCUGAAUCAUGGUAAAAUAUCCUGUAUAAAAGAUUGUAAAGACUCUGUGCUACACUUUAUUUGUGAUAUAUGUGCCUAUUCGUUUGCUGUAGAUCAGGGGUCUCAAACUCCAGUCCUCGAGGGCCACCGUCCUGCAGGUUUUAGAUGUGCCACAGGUGUGGUGCAGCAGAGGCACAUCUAAAAGUUGCAGGACUGCGGCCCUCGAGGACUGGAGUUUGAGACCCCUACGGUAGGGUGUUAAAUUAUUACUUUUGUUAAAUUUUGAAAUGAUUUAUAAGCUAAGUGCUUGAAACGUCGUAGUCUUUAAGACAAAGUCACUAAGUUAAACUCAAACUGACAACUUUCAGCACCAUUCAGACAUAAUCGCACAAGAAAAUGAAGAAAUACCUCUUUAACAGAUUUAGGUUAUUCACUAAUGAACAGAUGUUGACACCCCUGGUAAUAAUGUAUAGAACGCCUUAAAAUAAAUAAAUCUUUUACUGCAGCAGCAUAAUCCUAACAGGGUGAAAAUGAAAAUUCAAACCUUCAAUUUUUGUGUAUUUGGGAGGAAGGAAAACUCAAACACAAAUAAAAAAGUUAAUUAUUUUCCCUAAAGUCACAAGUUUUAGAUUUGUUGGUAUCCUUAACCAUUCCUGUUGGAGAAAGAUGCCUGACUCCAUUUUUUUAACUUCUAUUUAACUUUCUUUUAAAUCAAGUCUUUUAAAUUAAGUCAGUCUCUAGGGUAUGUCAUCAAUAAUGGUAAUUAAUUGGUUAUGAUUUUAACAUAAUUUUUAAUUAAAUUUUUAUAAUUCAGAAAACGAGAGAACAUGCCAUUCAGAUAAAGUGCUGUAGAAGAUAGUUACAAACAGAGUAAACAGUCUUCUUGAGUUUGAUUCUUAUUUUCAUUUUGUCAGGAUGUUGAUCGGUUUUAGAGGCUGCAUCAGAUCGCAAAAUCAUAGUUUCAAAAUAUUUCUUGGAUGCAAUCGUCAUGCUUUUAGUGCCUUUCAUAGUUUUGGCCUCUGCAGUCAUCUCUAAUAGCCUUUAUUCCCAAAACCAGAUUUCUUAUUAAUGGUGGAAGGAUAAACAAAAUCAUCUUCAUUAUAAGAAUAUUCAAUAAAAGUAUCACAACUAGAUGUUCGUCUGCCGAGACGUGAGUCUGCUUUGUGAUAAAAUCCCAAACAGAACCUGAAGGCUCCAGGUGUUUGAGAGUCACUCUGCCCCACAUGGACUUUACCUGGUGGGAAGAAUAUGUGGAAAACAACGUCAGUCCCUGAUGCUGCCAAACUCAGGGCCUGUAUGUCUUCUAAACUCUCCUGUUUACUCUUUGAAAUGCCUACAGAAGAGGGUUAGGGAUACUGAAAAAAAUAUCCUCACUCUUUUACAUCAGGAAACAGUCAGAGGUCUGAGAAAAAAACUAGAAUUUUGAGAAAAGUCAGAAUUCUGAUUUUAAAAAAAUAGAAUUCCAGAAAAAAUAAGAAUUUUGAGAUAAAAAUGAGAAUUUUAAGGAAAAAUAAAUCUUAAAGUCAUAUUUUUUUCAGUUGUCUCUAAUCCUCUUCCAUAAAUACCAGAGGGGUUUUUUUCUGGGUAAUGAAUGGGGGUGAAAGCCACCUCUGAUUAUUUCUUAAUAUUUAUUCCCACCAGUACAAUUGUACUUAAAAGUUACAUGUUUUUUGAGUGUAAAAAUUUGUGCUGCUGCAAUAAAAAAAUAUAUUUUAAGCCAUUUUACAUAUCUUUACCAAUAAUUGUGAAGGUUGUUGAAUGUUAAUCUUAAAAGCCUUUUCACUAUUUAACAAAAUAAUCCAAAUAAAACAAUAAGUGAA